AUGCCCCAAAGUAGCAGUAGUCAGUCCAAGUCCGCGGACGGUGUCGUCAAGCAUCGAUCGCGAAAGCUUGCUUGCACCAAGGAGCCAGAUGGCUGCUCGCGGUGUAAGAGAGAGGGUCUGAGAUGUGUCUACUCGCCGCAGAAGCAGAUGGGGCGGCCGAGGAAGCGUAGACACGUCGAAGAGUCACCGGAAGCACAACCUUCUUCCAUCAAGCCUCAAGACCAAGCACAGCAGUCGCAAGCGCCGCUCAUCACACAACCGACGCUAGACACCGACUUCUCCGCGUUCUUAACCCAAGACUUCAACGUUAACUACCUCGACCUGCUAUCCCCCCUGGACGGCCCGCCGUCGACGCUGCCGCCCGAGCUGGCGAGCCUCAACACCAUGGCUUACACCGAGCCACGGUACCCGGCUGGAGACUUCCAGUUUGGGGUUGGGGGUGUUGACCUGUUAGGUGGCAUCAACUUUGACGAAAGUGACUCUGCUGACGAGGGACUGCCUCAAGAUAUUAAUAAAAGCUUCACUGACCUCCUGUCGGCGCAAGUGCCCGACAAGGUCUCCAGCGUCUCCCCUGCCGCCUCGUCAUCAGACGCAUCCAACACCGUUGCCAACGACACGCCCGAAUCAUCCACCUCUGCCCAAACACACGACACUCAUCAUGACCCUGAUGCUACUACUGUCAAGGCGUACGACAACACCACAUGUUCCUGUCUCUCCCAGAUAUUCCUGUCCCUCGACGCUCUGUCGAGGCUCUCGAACGACGUCAAGAUUGCCAUGGCAAUGGCCCGCCAAGCCGCCCGAACAGCCCACGACGUGAUCAACUGCCCGGCAUGCAGCGGCAUCGACAUCACGAAGCCACCGCCCAUGCAGUCCUUCCAGAACAUGAUGAUGCUGGGCACCAUCCUGCCCGCGACGGCCAACGCCUACGCCAAGAUCCUCGAGCUCGUCGACGCCGAGACGGCCCGGGCCAAGAAGGAGAGCCGCAUGAUCACCUUCCGGUUCGCAGAGUACGGCGGCCUCUGGGGGGAGAUGAACAAGAGAGACAAGGGCUGCGGCGUCAUCGAGACGUUUGAUAACCGCGAGAUGGAUCCCGACAGCUGGAGGCUCACGGUGCGGGGGCUGCUGAAGGUCGACAUUUACGGCUACGACUUCGAGACGACGAACGGCACGGGGUAUCACCACCUGGGUCUCAAGGAUGUCAUCAAGGAGAUGGAGGACAGAUCGAACCACCGGCAUGACGCACUAGACGCGCACGUCGCGGCGGGAAACCCGCACCCGAUGCUGCAUACGCAACACAACCUGAUGGUGCCGGAGGGCAAGGAUGACAGCCCAGAAAAUCGGAACUGCUUGAAGAUUAUAGAGAUGGCGAGGGUUGCUUUGGAUAAGCUGGUUAUUGCAUGA